AUGGAGGACGACAGGGCACAGGUCGACCUCGGCCUGGCCGCAGAUAUAGAAGAGUCUCAAAUGCUUCAGGCAGAGACAAGACAGGAUACUACGUCACAGCUCAACGACCAGGAACCGGCCGUCAAGCAACCUAAGAAGCGCUUCGUGGGAAGAAGAGCGGCUGCUGAAGCUGCUGCUAAGAAUGGCGUGCAAGGGACUGCGGGAGAGAGCGGUGCUCUGCAGACUGCCAAACCCAGGCGCGCACCAAGACUGCUGAACCGCGUGCCGCCAGAAAUCUCUGAGAACCCCAAGCUAAAGGAGGCCAUCGCGCUGCUGCCCGCCAACUACAGCUUCGAGAUCCCCAAGACGAUCCACCGCAUCCAGACGUCCGGCGCCAAGAAGGUGGCCCUGCAGAUGCCCGAGGGCCUGCUGCUCUUCGCCACCACCAUCUCGGACAUCCUCACUCAGUUUUGCCCGGGCAUCGAGACGCUCAUCAUGGGCGACGUGACAUACGGCGCGUGCUGCAUCGACGACUACACGGCGCGCGCUCUCGGCUGCGACCUGCUCGUGCACUACGCCCACAGCUGCCUCAUCCCCGUCGACGUAACUAAGAUCAAGACGCUCUACGUCUUCGUCGACAUCAGCAUCGACACGGCGCACCUGCUGGCCUCGCUCGAGCGCAACUUCGCCGCCGGCCGGACGCUCGCGCUCGUCGGCACCAUCCAGUUCAACGCCACCAUCCACGGCGUGCGCGGCAGCCUCGAGGCCGCCGGCUUCCGCGUCGUGGUGCCGCAGAUCGCGCCGCUCAGCCGCGGCGAGAUCCUCGGGUGCACGUCGCCGCAGCUGCGCGACGACGACGGCAUCGACGCCAUCCUCUACCUCGGCGACGGCCGCUUCCACCUCGAGAGCAUCAUGAUCCACAACCCGAGCAUCCCCGCGUACCGCUACGACCCGUACUCGCGCAAGCUGACGCGCGAGACGUACGGCCACGACGAGAUGCAGUCGGUGCGCCGCGCGGCCAUCCGCACGGCCCGCCGCGCCCGCCGCUGGGGGCUCAUCCUCGGCUCGCUCGGCCGCCAGGGCAACCCGCACACGAUGGCGCUCGUCGAGGCCCAGCUGCGCGCCCGCGGCAUCCCCUGGGUCAACCUUCUGCUCAGCGAGAUCUUCCCGGGCAAGCUCGCCGCCAUGGCCGACGUCGAGUGCUGGGUCCAGGUCGCGUGCCCGCGCCUCAGCAUCGACUGGGGUUACGCGUUCGCCCGCCCGCUGCUGACCCCGUACGAGGCCCUCGUCGCCCUCGGCGUCACGGAGGACUGGUCGGAGAAUAGCAAUGGUGAGGGAGGAGGGGGGGGUGGUGGUGUAUACCCGAUGGACUAUUACGGCAAGGACGGCCUGGGCCGGGCAAAGCCGCUGGAGGCGGCUCCGGCGGCGCCGUAA